UUCUUUCGCACAUACAGCGUUGGUACCUCGGGGCGCGAAAGUGCUUUUCGGGACGGCGUUCGUGGACGAGACAGAAAGUGCAUGAUCUCCGGCGGAGGCGGCUUACUCGCAAGCUUGGGAGUGUGGACAAAACUCGAGGCGGCGCAUGUAUUCCCUCUGGAGUGCGAGAAUCUUUGGAACGAAUUCGGAUACUCGAGCUGGAUCACCAAUAUGAACGAAACCACAGGAGUAUCAAAAAUCAACUCCGUCCAGAACGCACUGUUGAUUAGGCGUGGUCUCUAUUCACAUUGA